UUUACCUACAUACAAUCCUGCGUGCAGAUCUUUUAAUUUGAGAUACCUGAAAACGUAACAGUUUCUUUCAAUAAUGGAAGAUCAGGCGGAUAAGGAAACUACUGAUAUCGAAGAAUCGUUUUCACAAGAUUCGCUAGCCGACGACGGCGAAAAAAACGAUAAUGCCGUUCCUACAGAAGAUCCUUAUCAAAGCCAGGAAUUUCUUCAGCGCAAGUUAUACUUCCUACUUGAACAUUUGAAAAAGAUGCAUGCGACAUUACCUGAGCAAUAUCAGAUAAGAGUCUCGUUUGAAUUAUUGGCGGGGCUGGCAAACUCUUUACUCAACGAUACGAUUUUUGAAAUCGUUAAAGGAUUAAUGGAAAUACAACAUGUGACUGAAAAGCAUCUGAUGCAAGUUCGGGAGAAAGUGGAAAAUGAUCAUCAAUUGGAAAUCAAACAAUGGGAAUCCAAAAUUCAAGACCCGGAAGAACUAGAGCACAUUAUAGCCUUAAUGAAAAUUAAACACACCAAAAACAUGAAGGAAACAGACAUGAAAUUGGUACUGCAUCUCGAUCAGAAAGUCAAAGAUCAGCAAUCAACACUGGAGAAAGCCGGUGUACCCGGCUUUUACGUUACGGAAAAUCCGAAGGAAAUCAAAAUUCAAAUGUACCUGCUCGACUUUAUCCUGCGGUUGAGUCGAAUGAAGUGCGAACCGAGCAAAUAGCAUCCGGCUGAACCCGACGGGGAUGCUUUGUCGAAAGAUGCAACUUAGCUUUUCCUCGAAGUUGAACCAAUUUCAAAUAUAAGCUAAUAUAAAACCGAACGUAUUUAUAUUUAACUAAACUUUGAUGCACUUAUAAGCAGGAGUACAUACUGUAACGUUUAUGUUUAUUUCAGUAUGCGCUAAACAUAAAAGAAAUGCAAUUUUAUAAGCUAAGUUUAAAAGAGUAUAAUUUCCUAUUAUGCGUAUCAGCAACUUUUUCUAUACGAUUCAGCAACAACCUGCAGCUUUCCGAUUUAUUUCGAAGUUGCAUGCGAGCUUCACAUUAGAGUGAAAUAUUUCUUUCCCCUUCUUAAUAAUGAAUACUAACUUAAAGGUUAUACUAACACUCGCCAAAAAGCACAUGCUCUGUCAACUACAACUGUAAUUUCUGUUCAUACAGGCAUCAAUAAACUCAGAAAAUAAUAACAAAUGUUUGCUAG